AUGGCGUGUGUGACCUUUCGAAAACCAGUGUCAGCCACAGUGGGGAAGCAGAUGGUGUUCACAGGCCCAGAUUAUGUAAAGGAUCACCUCCCUCAAGUUGCUCAGCACACUGCCUAUAUAGGAGAAAAGUGUCCUGCAUUAGAGAAAACUGGAGAUCUCAGAUAUUUAUGGAGGCCUGCCUCGAAUAGAAGCUUGCCAGCUAAAUAUAAACCUGAGUACGUUGGUGAAAUUGGCUGGGGAAUACCACAGUAUGAUUUUAUCAACAAAACAAGGCUUCAGACUGGCUUUCACGUCAAGUAUGAAGACUUCAGUCACGCUGCUAUUGACAAACUAAGCCACAGAUACCAGAGCCCAUGGCAACCCAAUCCUUCUAUUAUGGAUGUGGAAGGAAGCCCCAGUCGUGGUUUUAUCGCCUGGCACAUGGGGGAUUAUGAGGACACCAGCCAAAGAAACUCCAAACGGGCCGUCCUCCUCCGACAGAGCAAGGCAGCCCUGCCGAUAGCGUCCAGACCGCCGAAGCUGCCGAAGCUACCGAAAAAGGAGGAGAUGGUGACACCAGAGCCAGCGGAGCGGAGGCAGUACACGCGGGCUUCACGACACUGCGGUGCCUGGUGCCCAGGGUCCCCGUGCUGA